ACUUGCAGUCUAUUUUAAAAUGGCACAUAAAAUCAAAGAUAUUAGGAAGAGGGUAGAUGAAAUUGUAGCUGAGAAAGAUAAAUUCAAUCUUGCUCAAGGACUUGAAGAUAGGAAGUUAAAUAUGCAGGAAAUGAGGGAAAUGACCCACUCCUUUGUUGAUCCUCGGAAUGUCAUCGGUAGGGAUGAUGCCAAAAAAGAUAUAAUACAUCUUUUGAUGGACCAAAAUGAAAAUUCCAGCAGAAAUGUGGAUGUAAUUCCUAUCGUUGGGAUUGGAGGUUUGGGGAAGACUGCAAUUGCCAAGUUGGUGUAUAGUGAUGAACAGGUAGUCGGUCAUUUUCAAUUGAGAAUGUGGGUGUGUGUGUCUGAUGAUUUCAAUGUUACAAGGUUGAAAAAAGAAAUUCUUAAAUCUGCAAUUCAUAAGAUUGAUGAGAAUUUUGGUAUGGAUGGGUUGCAAAAUAGCUUUAGAGAACUUUUGAGUGAUAAGAAAUUUAUAGAUAAUUUGGGUGUGGAUGAGUUGCAAUUUAGAUUAAGAGAACUUUUAAAAGAUAACAAAUUUCUACUUGUCUUGGAUGACGUUUGGAAUGAGGAUCGUAAUAAAUGGAUGGAAUUGGAAGAUUUGUUACUUGGUAGUUGCAAUGAAAGUAAAAUCAUAGUGACAACACGAAAUAACUCAGUUGCUACUAUUAUGGGUACAGCUCCUACAUACCAUUUAGAUGGCCUCUCCCAAGAAGAUUGUUUGUCUUUGUUUGUGAAAUUGGCAUUUAAGGAAGGAGAAGAAAAACAGUAUCCAAACCUCUUAGAAAUUGGAAAUGACAUUGUUAAAAAAUGUAAAGGGGUUCCAUUGGCAGUGAGGACUUUAGCCAGCCUACUUUAUCCAAAAGUUGAUGAACUGGAGUGGAGAUCUGUGAGAGAUAAUGAGAUAUGGCAUUUAAAACAGAAUGAGGGUGACAUCUUACCUGCAUUGAGGAUUAGUUACAAUCACUUGCCAUUUCAUUUGAAGCAAUGCUUUGCCUAUUGCUCUCUUUUCCCAAAGGAUUAUGAAUUCAAAACUUCUCUUUUGGUUCAAUUUUGGAUGGCACAUGGACUUCUUCAAUCACCUGACAAUGAAAAACAACAGUUGGAAGAUAUUGGUGACUUGAAUAUCAAGGAGUUAAUGUCAAGAUCUCUGUUUCAAGAUGUUUAUGUAAACUAUACGUACGAUUAUAGCUUUAAAAUUCACGAUCUUGUCCAUGAUCUUGCACUCUCAAUUGCCAAAGGUGAGUGUUCAGUAGUGGCCAAGAAGUCCUCCGUUGCUGCAGAAGUUUGUCAUUUGUCAAUUUCGGAGAAUGGCCAAGAAGUUACAACACAAUUAGAGAAGUUGAGCAAAGUUCAGACUAUUAUUUUCCUAACAGAGCAACCCAUGACCUUACUUGAAACAUGCAUCUCAAGAUUUAAGCACUUGCGGGUGCUUACUUUGGUCAACUCAUCCUUUGAGGUGUUGCCAAGUUCUAUCGGAAGUUUAAAACAUUUGAGAUAUCUCAGCCUAUCACAUAAUGACAUAAUUAAGCAACUUCCAGAUUCCAUUUGCAAGCUGCACAGUUUGCAAACUUUACUGCUUGUUCGUUGCAACAAUCUUGAACGGUUGCCCAAAGGUAUAAGGGACAUAAUAAGCCUCAGGUUUUUGAUAGUUACAACAAAGCAUACCUGCUUGUCGGAGAAGGCAGUGGGUUGCUUGGAUUCUCUUCGAUUUUUGUUUAUAGAUCGAUGUGAGAAUCUAAAAUGUCUGUUUGACGGGAUGGAGGGGCGCCUCACCAAUCUUCGAACAUUGCUUGUUAAUGAAUGUCCAAGUUUGACCACUUUGUCACUCAGUAUCAGACACCUAACUGCCCUAGAAACCUUGACAAUUAUGUAUUGUAAAGAGCUUAGUUUGAUGGAGGUGGAAGGAGAAGACAAUCAAGAUCUCAAGUUGAGCCUCCGGAAAUUGCUGAUUUCAGGUUUACCUAAGUUGGAGGUUUUGCCCCAAUGGCUCCAAGGAUCUGCAAACACUUUACAGCAUCUCAUGAUUGGAGAAUGUGAAAAUUUGAAGGCUUUGCCGGAGUGGCUGUCACGACUGAAAUCACUUCACAGACUUACGAUUUUCAAAUGCCCUAAUUUGUCAUCUCUCCCAGAGGGGAUGGAAGCUCUCACUGCACUAAAAGAAUUAGAGAUCAAAGGUUGUCCUGAUUUGAGUAGAAAAUGCAGAGAAGAAGAUUUGCACAAGAUUGCUCAUGUACCUGAGAUUGAACUCGAUGACGAUAUUUGAAGCUCAUUGUCAUCAUUAGAAGAAGAGGUAAGGGUAGAUCUGUCUUCUUGUUCUUCUUGUGUGCUAGUAAAAGUAUUGUUCUAUUCUUAACGUGGUUUAUUCUUUUCCAUCUAUCUUUUUGUUCUUUGUACUAUUUAAUUAUUUAUUAUGGUUUUUUUUAUUUUAGUUUUUUUUUUUAUGUAUUUUUUUUUAUGGGGAAUAUAUUUUAGUUCUUAUGCUUAUCAAUGGGUACUGAUCCAGUUGACUAAUCUUGAAUGCUGGUUAUGUUUAAUUUCGUUAAAUAAAUAACAAAAACCCUUUUAGUACAAAUAGUUUUACAGUAAAUUAAAACAAGAAAUAUUUUUUGGAUGAAAAUUGAAAAUAAAAUUCCAAAACUCAAGUGGCUUUUUAAAUCUUUAUUUUUCCCACAACCUUUCCUCACAAAUAUAUAAAAACAAAUGAAAAAAGAGAAAAAUAGAAGAAGAAACAUUGAUCUAUUUAAUUUAUGAAGGAAUUAAAUCUUGUUUAUGGAACAUUGUGUUUCAAAGUUUGGCCAGCAAGGCAUUGGCACCCAUAAUCUUUAAUGAAUAUAUUAAAUUUAUAUUUAUUUAUUUUUCUAUUAUAUUAUCUUUUUUCAUAGUAUUAUUCUCACGGUAAGUUUCUUAUAUACUAUAUAAUUACAAAUUACAUUUCAAGAGUUCGACAUAGGUCACAUCCAAUAGAAUCUGAACAUUGCUCAAUUCAAAGUCAUAAAUUCCUUCCAUAAUUCGUAAGCAUUCCGUCAUUGCUAUUUGGAUUAGAAGAUGUAAAUAAAUAAAUACUUUUUUUAUUUAAUUUGCUUUCAAGUGAUGUAAUUAAAUAAAUAUAGCACUAAAUGAUGUAAAUAAAUAAACAUAUAUGUCAUUGUAAUUCCAAGUAAGAGAUAUAAAUAAAUAAAGAAGUGAUGUGUAUACUCCCUUGAGUA